AUGGCUACAUACACAAGCAAGCUCAAAAUUCUAUUCUGGAAUGCACUGAGCAUCAAUCAAAGAAAAGGUGAUACUCCCACCCUAUUAAAUAACGUUGAUAUCUUUAUCUGUGUCGAGUCAUGGCUACAAGGAAACAAUAGCUUCAAUAUUUCUGGCUUUAAGUCAUAUAAAAAAAGCAGACAACAUUCUCGCGGUGGUGGUAUUUUGUAUUUAGUGCGUAAUAACAUUCAGUGUGAAGUGAUAGAAGAUGUUAAUACUAAUAUUGAAAAUCUCGAAAUAUUAGCCAUUAAAGUUAAGUGUACAUCUCCGCACUUAAAUAUAGUAACGUGCUACAGAGUUCCCAAGCCUGGCCACUCAAACACGCAAAGUGAAUGGAACGAGAUAGUAAAUUUCACCGAUCUGAAUCCAAACACUUUACUGUUUGGCAACUUCAACGCACACAACGUGAGAUGGAACUGCGAGAAAACCGACUCAAAUGGUGAGAGAUUUGAACAAGCUAUAGACUCGAAAAAUUUGUUCUUGCACAACUCUGACUCCAAAACGCAUCUUGAAAAACGCAGCGGCAAGUUGUCAAACUUAGAUCUAGCAUUAUCCACUAUGUGCAUAGCAGACAACAUUGAGGUCAAAGUAUUCGACGAAACACUCGGCUCAGACCACUUCCCCAUACUUUUGUGCAUCGAUGUAAAUAAAGUUACUUAUGAAAAAAAGACAUUUAAACUAUGUUCCAAGAAAACUGACUGGAGUGUAUUUGAGAGGCACAUAAACGGAAGAUACCACGCCUUUUUAACAAUUGAUUAUGAAAAUAAAACGCCUUCUCAAAAAUAUGACUUUUUCAUCCAAGUUGUUAGUGAAACGGUCGAAAGUGCCACUCCACGCAAAAAGUGUUUUCGUAAGUACAAAAAAAGUAAUCCUGUGCCGUGGUGGGACCAAGAAUGUGACAGAAUAAAGAGACUACGACGUGUUGCGUUCAAGAAGUGGAGGUUUACAAAUCUUCAAAGUGAUUUGAUUAUCUAUGAAAAGUGUUGCGCCAUAGCUAAAAGAACUUUUGCAAAAAAAAAAGAGAAAGUUUUAGAAAAUUCGCGGAAUAAAUCGACUUCCGUAUAA